AUGCAGGAUAAACCGUACGACGUAACAUGCAUCAACCCCACCAUCACUUUGGGACCGGUUUUCACCAAGGUGCAUACCAAGGCCAGUGUUUCAAUUAUACGUCAAUUCAUGAAUGGGAAAACAGUCUUCAACGUUACCACAGGCUAUGUAGAUGUCGAGGAUGUCGCAGACGGACACGUGCAAGCGCUGAUGAGAGAGGAAGCAGGAGGACAGAGAUACAUUGUCAAUGGUGUGCCUGAUAGUCUGUACAUGCCUCGCCUGGGCGAGAUCGCCCAGAAUCUGUAUCCCAAGUACAAGAUUGACGCCUCCCCUUUCCCACCCAACUGGGUCCUUGCGGCUGCUAAGAUGGGCAAUAUGCUCCCUGCAUUCCGACGCCUUGCCAUCACGGACUACGAAUUCAACUCUUUGACAAAGACCUUCAUGUUCGACAACAGUAAAAGUAUCAGUGAACUGGGCCUAAAGUACCAUCGGCUGAACGAGACACUCCAGCGUAGUGUAGACUCCAUGAUUCAAGUGGGCAUCAACCCGCGACUAGCCGAUAACCCACACCCCAAGACAUCGAUCUAGGCGAUCAGACGUAUAUAUAUAUAUAUAUAUAUAUAUAGAACACACACACACACACACAACAACACACACACACACACACACACACAC